CGUUUUUAUAAUUUAAAAUAGAGGACAAAAUAGCGUACUUUUGCCAUUUAAUAGCUUUUUAUUAGUGUAAAGCACUGCUUGGAAAAUAUGUGAUGUGUGGGUGAUGACGCUUAAGGAAAAAUCACCGACUUUGUACGCUGCUGCAGAUCAAGGUAUCGAUAAUGGAGGAAGACUUACAAGCCUGGUUGGAAUCAUUGUUUCAGCCCGAUGUCAAGCCGGUCCAGGUCAAGAGGAGGAGAAAGAGCGAAAAUCUAACUUCAGAAGAGAGGUUGAAACUCUCGAUAAGGAGGGAGAGGAACAGAAUGGCCGCGGCAAGGUGUCGCCAGAGGAAGGACGAGUGGAUUGAAGAGCUACAGAGACAGGAGGACGAGUUGCAAAGGGAGAAAAACGAAUUCCUAUCUGAAAUAAGAUCGCUGACGGAACAAAAAGACAGAUUUAGUGCCAUGCUAGCGUCUCAUAACUGUAACACUGGAGAACAGACUUUUCCAUUCUGCCCGCCUUUGGAAUUUCCAGUACCGCAGAUCAAGUUUAAUUUCAAUUCACUCAUGGAAGGCGGAACUGGACUGACACCAGAUACUCCUGAUGAAAAAGUAAUAUUGACUCUUAAAUAAAUUUAACAGCUAAACAUUGUAUUUAAAAAAUAAAUAAACUUCACUAUUGUUUA